AUGGGAUGGCUGGCAGAAACGAUGGUUGAAGAGAUGUGUUUAGAUCGAAAAAAUUGCAGGGAGAGCAAGAAAUAUAUACAAAUGGGAGAAAAGGUGUACAAUAUUUUUUCGCUUCUGAUUAGAGAAGAUGGACCACUUCAGCCACAACGCCAAGAGCCACAACCACAGCAAAAUCUCCAGGAAGACGUCAUAGUAGAAGAAGGGCCAUUCUACAUGCACUCACACCAACCACAUCACCAACAGGGGGCCUCCCAGAACCAGCCAAUGCUCCCAUCACAGACGCCGUCCCCCGAACAGAAUGCCUUGAAGGAAUUGGAAGGAAUCAACCGAGAUCUCCAAGAGAGAUUGAAACUGAGAGAGACACGAGAGGCUGAACUGGAGGAGAAACUCAAGCAGGUUGAAAAACAAGAGGAGAUAAAGAAGGUCGCAGAUGGCUUCAAAAAGGAGGAAAUGGAAUUGAAAGAUGCUGAAAUCGCUCGCCUCACCAGACAAGUCGAAAUGCUUCAAGGAGUAACUCAACAUUUGGUUUCCAGAGCUCAACACCGCCCGCUCCGUCCGCCCGCCCUCCAAAAUCAACCAGGAGACCCAGACCGAACCCACUCAGGCCACCCACUCCGCGCAAACCUCACCACCACCGUCUCCACCAGUCAUCCCGAGAACGAUGCCCUCCACAUCGGACCCAUCAACCUCUUCAGCACCAAAAAGAGAGCGCAACAAGACCAUCAGGCGGAAGAGGGAUUGGUUAUGUACAAAAGUGGGCAUAUCAAGUCGGAGCCGGUAUGA